AGCGCUACUUCCUUCUGUAGAUCGCGUUACCCGUUUUUGCAGUCCCAGUGAGAGCAUCGAAUCUCAGGCCUUCAAUGGGGAACAUACAUACUGUUGGUCCAAGCGAAGCCUUGGUGAUAUCAGGUGGCUGUUGUGGAACGGAUAAUGUUCGAACAAUCAUUGGCGGUUGGGGUUGGGCGUGGUGGUGCGUCACACAAGUGCAAAAGUACAUUUCGCUUUCGCCUCUACAUUUUUUCCGCAAAACAGGAUUUCCCUAUCUGUGAUGACCCUGAAUCCAAGAUGUGAAAAUGUUGAAACGUCAGAGGGAGUGCCACUCACGGUGACAGGUGUCGCACAAGUUAAGGUGAUGCGGGAUGACAAGCUGCUUCAGGCGGCUUGUGAACAAUUCUUGGGAAAACAGACCCGUGAGAUUCAGAACACCAUCUUACAAACCCUGGAAGGUCAUCUAAGAGCAAUUCUGGGUACCCUGACAGUUGAGGCUAUUUACAGGGGAUUAAUCACAGGCACAGUUCAGGUGACUCGCUGUCUCGCUGCGGAGAAAACGGGAUCUGCGAUGCUUGUGGAUCGCGAUCAGUUUGCCAGUCUCGUUCGCGAGGUGGCUGCUCCAGACGUGGGUCGAAUGGGCAUAGAAAUUCUCAGUUUCACCAUCAAGGACGUCUACGAUCGUGUGGAGUAUUUGGAUUCACUGGGACGCUCUCAAACAGCCGUGGUCAAACGUGACGCGGCAAUAGGCGUUGCUGAAGCGGAACGAGAUGCCGGAAUCAGGGAGGCCGAAUGUGAUCGUGCUCGUCUGGACGUUCGCUACGCAGCUGACACCCAAAUCGCCAACUCGACUCGGGACUACCAGUUACAAAAAGCCAGCUUCGACCAAGAAAUCAAUACGGCGCGAGCUGAGGCCGAAUUGGCCUACAAACUUCAGGCGGCAAAGGAGCAACAAAAGAUCCGAACCGAGGAGGUCAACAUCACCAUUGUGGAACGUCGUAAACAAAUCGAAGUUGAGGAGAAAGAAAUUUUGUGUAGUGAGAAGAAAAUGGAUGCCACAGUUCGACGUCCAGCCGAAGCUGAGGCCUAUCGGUUGCAGCAGGUAGCUGAAGGUAACCGAGCCCGGAAGGUCCUCAUUGCACAGGCCGAAGCCGACGGGAUCAGAGUUCGUGGCCAAGCUACCGCUGUGGCCAUCCAAGCCCGAGGUAAAGCCGAAGCAGAGCGGAUGCGAUUACGUGCAGAUGCCUAUAAUAAAUACGGAGAAGCCGCAACUUUGAGUCUGAUUUUGGACGCACUACCCAAAGUCGCUGCUGAAAUCGCAGCCCCACUUGCCCGUACCAAAGAAAUUGUUGUCAUGGGCGGUGGUUGCGGUGAAGGGACGGCUGGAACGAUUAACCACCUGACUAGCCUUGGUCGAGACUUUGCCACCAUGAUGGGGACUGUGCCACAGGCGAUUCGUGCAUUAACCGAUGUGGACCUGACCAAGACCAUCGCACAAAUCCCUGGAGCCCAGGUUGUCACCUAGACCACUCACUCGCGUAGAGGAGAGUUUGGACAACACCUCUCCUCACUUCCCACUUUCAAUCGACAAUCUCCGACUCCUUUCGGUUUCCACACUUGACUUCCUAAUUUUCACAUCAUUUCGAGCGGGAGCGCCGUUUCGUCACCUAUGGCUCAUGUAAAAACCGCCUUAGCAAACCACCAAAAUCCGAUCGAUUUUUCAUUUUUUUUCUACCUUAUCCCUCAAUCAUACCUACUACUGAUUGGCUAUAACUUUCUAUUUGUUCACAACGCUUGUUUGCUCGCUUUCUUCCACCCUUUUCUAUCCUUGUGUGUAACUUUCUAUAGUCAUGUGUAUGCAAUCCACUAUGGCCAUGCGCCAUCGGUAAUCUCAGGUCCGCGACGCCAGUUGCUAAUUCCUUAGUCGUCUUACGCUGCUUUUGGUGAUACUCCCCCCACCCCCGGAGUGUUGUUAUUAGAUGUCCUGAUGGUUUGAAUUGCAUAAUUAUCCAUUUUACCGAUAUGUAAUAUCCACAACACUAUCCGUUUUUUGUUGCCGUGAAUCCA